GGAGUGAAUUCUGUGCCUGCCGACGCACCUCUCCUGUGCAGCCCCCUCAAGAAGAGCUUUUUAUGGAAGGAAACCUUUGGAAUUUUUCAGAGUGAAAGGCAUCUGCAUAAUAGCAGUAAAGUGGAUAAAACGCACGGCUGGGUUCUUUUUGAGUUUUUUCCUCUGGUGUCUGAAUGAAACAGGGAGGCAAAUUUAAGGGGAAGAGGGACGGUGCAGGUCCUGGACUGGGAGUCGAUCUGUCAAUGUGAUUUGGGGUAAACACGUUUCCAGUGCGCCUGUUUUAACUUUUAUUUCUUGAGAAACUGCCGAGCUCGACUUUUCUCUUCUUGCACCGCGGAGUUCGUUUUUCUCGGAACGAGGAGACUAUUUUUCCCCCACGGAGAAACUGCUUAAACUUUCUACGCUUAAAAAAUAAAUAAAAAGAUCGGAUUGCAUUUUCCCCCUUCAAACAUUUUGGAGGUGAUGUCAUCGUGCUGUGUUUUGGCUGGUAUUGUGUGGAGAGGGUGCAAGGAGGAUUACUGCAGCCAGGCGGUAACCAGCGGCUGAGGCGAGUGGGGAAGUCCGAGAAAUCAGGUGCAAAGUGCGGCUGUCAUUUCCUUGCGGUGUCGCGGGUGGUUGAGUUCGCCACCCAGUCACAGCUGUUCCCAGCCACCCCUCCCUCUCUCGUUUUUCUUUCCUCUUUAUUAUCCCCUCCCAAUCUCAUUCAGCACUCCCCAUAUACCCCUCUGAGCUGGACCGCUCCGGGACCUUAUCACCCUCUCUGUCGGACACUGUUGGUCGGUGUCACCUGAGCCACAGAUCCGUUAAGCCAGCGUGGGGGCGCAGACAUGACCGAGGCCACCUUGCAUUACCCUGCGCCCUUAAAGCCACCGUCUUCAGCUUGCCGUUUGUCCCAUCAGCCAGCCCAGGUAGCCCACCUUCAACAGCUCCUGAACCUGCUCUGCUGGGACUAAACCUGCCUACUCUACUUUAAUUUAUCAUCUAUUGACUUUGGAGACCAGAUUCUUGCUGCUGCGCUGAUACGUUACGCAUUGGAUUAACCAGUUUACGCACGCACUGCAUCUGUCCGUAUGGACGAGCAUCACUCUGAGGGUUAAAAAGGGGCGACGGGAAUUGGUUAUCUGUGACGCAUGUGCGUGCUUUCACCUGUUCCUGUCCUUGCCGGUGACACGCAGCGUUUAAAGCGCUAACCAUUUGCUCCCCCGCCCAUCUCUGUCUGCACGGGUCUGGACAUCAGGCAGAGGUUGCCCGGCGGUCACGGUGUCACAGUUACCCUGGCCUCACACCCCAUGUUGCCCGUGCCUGCACAUUUACUCACGCCGGGGGAACCGGGACAUACCGUCGCCGAUGCCAACGGGAGUGUCCACUGACUCUUUGACUCUGGACAACAUCCAGCGGAUUCAAACCACAGAGGGGAACUCUCCGGACUGUCGGACUGGCUCAGAACGAGCGAGCGGACUGUAUCUGGACCAAGUUUCAUAGUGGAGGGGGGAAGCAAUGUGGUCCCUUCUUUCCACGCUGACCGUCUUAUGUAUCCAGAUGUUACUGGUGAUGUGCAAUCCAUUACAGCAGGUACUUGGUGUGGAUGGAGUAAACUUCAGUGUGCAUGUGGAGAACCAGACACAGGUGCGAGACACCAUGAGUCGGCGGCACCACCGGGUGUACCAGCUUUACAGCCGCACCAGUGGCAAACAUGUCCAGGUGAUGGGACGCAAAAUCAGUGCCCGAGGAGAAGAUGGAGAUAAAUAUGCCCAGCUCGUAGUGGAGGCCGAUACCUUUGGUAGCCAGGUGAGAAUCCGGGGAAAAGAAACAAAUUUCUACCUGUGCAUGAACCGCCGUGGAAAACUGGUAGGAAAGAAGGCCAAUAAUCGAAGUGCUGACUGCGUCUUUGUGGAAAAGGUUCUGGAAAACAACUACACAGCUCUGAUGUCAGCGCGCUACACAGGCUGGUAUGUGGGCUUUACUAAAAGAGGGCGUCCUCGCCGGGGUCCCCACACGCUUCCCAAUCAACAGGACGUACACUUCAUGAAGCGCUCCCCACCUGGGGAGCAGCCCGACCUCACCACCCCCUUCCGCUACACCACUGUUAGCAAGAAGGGCAAGAGGGUGCGUGCUACUGGGCCCCGCUAGCAGUGGCUAAUGCUAACACCCACUGUCUUGUCAUCCAAAGCCUUGACCUGAGCCUGCCAAUGACUAACCCAGUCAUCUCUUCUGUCGCACACGAUUGAACGCCUCCCCUUGUUGGGACAAAUAUUGACCAGAAACCUGAAACGUGAUGAAUCAUUAAUGGGGUUUAGCUUUACACCUACUAAUUUGCCAUGAUAGCUCCCCUAGUUAGUGAUCAUUUCGCUCAGUUUUACUUCCCUUACUGGACCAACUGGACCAUUGCACUGGUCAGUUGCUGGAAGCUCUAUGGACCUACUCUGUUUCCCUUCAUAGGCCAAAAAUACUGACAGGGAACCUGAAGAGCAGCCAGAAUCCCAUGCUCUAUGAAGGCCUUUAUUCCACAACCACAUAAACCACCAAGACGUCAUGGCUCCUGUUCUGGACCAGCCAGCCAGUGUCAAGUAUGGGAUUACAACUGGAUCUUACAGAGAGAACAAGAGUGGGAAAGACUUACUGAACAAGCGAGUGGGUGCUUAGCCUAUAGAAAAAGUGAAAAUAGGAAGGAGAAGACAAGCGGUGUGGACAAAGGAAUAGAGUGAUCUGCACAGAUCAAAUGGACCAAUAAUGGACUGAUGACAUGUGACGCACUUAUUUGUCUCACUGCUAAACUGGCGGGAACCUGUGAGACUCUCAGAUGAAUGAAAGUAUGGAUGACAAAAGGAUGAAUGAGUGAAUGAUUGUGCAAGUGCUGUUCUGAAUAAAUGCAUGUUAGUAAGAAGAACAAGAGGAAAUGUGUGUGUGUUUGUGUGUGAGUGAGUGAGUGCACCAAUAACCAUGAGUGAAGCUGGAUCACAAGGGACUCUGGAAAGGGACCAUCCAGUCCCUGCAUAAACCCGUGACAACUCAAUGCAGGGACUGAAGCUUUAGGAACUGGAAUGUAUGAAAACCAAACUGCACCAACAAAAACAGCCAGCGAAUCAUCACAAACCAAACCAGCAACCAACCAAAGACAACUGGAGCCCUUCUUCAUGGCUACUCCCCAAGCCCUGCUCCCCCUCCCCUUCUAGGGACAAACACACUCAGCUUAUAGGUGCAGAGAGUGAUGUGCAGGGGCAAGCACGACGGGAAGGGUGCCUUCUCUUUUAGCAUUGCUAUGGAAACGACCCAGGGGACGAUGCUCCUGUGUGAAACCGUGGAUACAGAAUGCUGCUACCAGGACAUUCAGUGGAACAAACCAAAGUCUCAUGCACACAGGAUA